AUGUCCCACCAAGGCCCGUAUGAUCCUCAUCCCGCCGAUGACGCGCACCGUGGCGCUUCCCCGAGCGCCGGAGGUACCGAGCGAACCCAGCAGAUCCAGGCGCACAUUGACGACACUGUCGGCAUCAUGCGUGACAACAUCAACAAGGUUUCGCAGCGAGGCGAGCGACUUGACGCUUUACAAGACAAGACGGACAACUUGGCUGUAUCGGCCCAGGGCUUCCGCCGUGGCGCCAACAGAGUUCGCAAGCAGAUGUGGUGGAAGGAUAUGAAGAUGCGCAUGUGCCUGAUUGCUGGCAUCAUCAUUCUUCUGCUCAUCAUCAUCAUUCCAUCCGGUAGGUGA